AUGACCACAAAGAAAUUGGCGAAGGAAUUAGGAUUGUUGAGACAGCGGAGUAAGUCCUCUGUGUCGAAGAAAUCUGUGGUAUCAAAUCAAAUAUUUUCUUAUCUGAUUGUGAUCGACUUUGAGUCCACUUGCUGGAGAGAGAAAAACAACCGCAGCCAAGAAAUUAUCGAGUUUCCUGCUGUUCUGCUGAACACGUCCACGGGGGAGGUGGAGUCUGAAUUUCACACUUAUGUUCAACCCCAGGAGCACCCCAUCCUGUCUGACUUCUGUACUGAGCUGACUGGGAUUACACAGAUGCAGGUUGAAGCAGGGAUCCCGCUUCAGAUCUGUCUCUCGCGGUUCAGCCGUUGGCUCCAAAACCUUCAGCUCGAAAUGGGAGUGGCCUUUGCCAACAAAGACCAGAGAUGUUCGGGACCGUCUCAAAAGCUGUGUACUUUCCUCACAUGGUCAGACUGGGAUCUUGGAGUUUGUCUGCAGUACGAGUGUAAACGCAAACAGCUUCAUAAACCUGAUGUUCUCAACAGCUGGAUAGACCUGAGAAGCACAUACCGGCUUUUUUACAACAGGAAACCCAAAGGCCUGAAUGGAGCUCUUCAGGAUCUUGGAAUACAGUUUUCGGGCAGAGAACAUUCUGGUUUAGAUGAUGCCCGAAACACAGCUCAGCUGGCAGCAAGAAUGAUGAGGGAUGGGUGCAUAAUGAAGAUUACUAGGAGCCUGGAGAGUACCCCAGUGAUGGCCAAACCAGUGUUUGGAAACACUGCCUGUCCUUCAGUCAAGAAAGAAAAACCUAACGAGAAUAAAAAGGAAAAUACAGUCAUCCGUAGCAAACACUCAUCACUUAAAAUUCCUCUCAAUGCUUGUCAAAAGCGACCAUGUCCCGAGGAGAUUGCUCAAAACUUCGCCGCAAAGAAAAACCCAAGCUCCAUUCACGAAUCUGCUCAAAUCUGUCGAAGCCUGAUCUCACCAAAGACUCUUCUGAAUGGCACGACGGCGCCGCUGUUGAAGCACGGCAGGAGAUCAGUCACAGCAGAGGCUGCCCCUGGCCUUUCCACCUCAGUUGUUACAAACUGUGUUUCUCCCCAGAAUAACAAUAGUAGUCUUAUUCUGUGUUCCACUACCGUGAGCUGCUUUGCAAAUCUGUCUCCACCAAACUGGGCCUCAAUAACAGAAGCAAUGCUAGGAUCCACGGAGAAAGAGGAGGAUGCGGAGCUUUUAGUGGAAACUGAGAGGUGUGGCUCAUAUGACGACGUGGUGUUGGAGGAUGAUGUUAAUGAAGCAAAUGAUGAAUGUGAUGCAGAGUACAUAUCUGAGUUUGAUAGUGGAUCUUAUGAUUGGUUAGAGCAGCAUACUUCACAUUCAGCAGGAAGUCGGCUCACUUUGAAUGAUGAUAUGAGAGAAUCAACUGGAAAGAGCUCUAAAAUGCAAAAGAUUACCACAGAUUCUACCAGUAAAGGUCAAAAAUCUCAUGGUUGUAUCUCAACAGAAACGAACAAAACAACAGAAACGAUGCAUUCAGUGACCUCAGAUAUUUAUUUUGCUGUGCCUAAAACUGUUAACAGUGGUAAAUCGAAUCAGUGCAACACAGGACUUAGAACCUCCCUCCAACUUCACAAAACAUCUUAUGUUCCCACUAAGAACUGUUCAAUUAGGCCUAAUCCUUUUGUCCCAGAAAAAACCUCCAUCCCCAAUACGUCCUUUGCCCGGCCCAAACAUAAAGACACUCUGAGGUCCUCCUUUAUCAUCUACACCGAGCCAGCCAAACAAGCUACAGCUCCCUUGCGUCCUUCCUCACACAGCAGUGUCCUCUCCUCUUUGUCAACCAACGCUCUCUCCUCUCGUGCCGACCGUUCCAUCAUUUCUGUGAGAGGAGCUCAGAAGAUCACUUCUCCACUGUGCACGUGCGGCCGUCGUGCAAAGCGACAGGUCGUGUCAAACGGCGGUCCAAACCACGGUCGAGGGUUUUAUUGCUGCCCAGUCCGCCGAUCAGGCAGCGGAGGACGGAUGGAGAAAGGGUGCGAGUUUUUUAAGUGGGAGUCGGCCGUGAUGAAGAGUGCAUCAGCGGCCGCUCCUGCUGUCGGAUCCUCUGUUUCACUCUGUCAGCUCAACUCCACUGUCUCCCAUCGUCCAGCCCACACGCCACUGCUAAGGAAAAGCUACUGA